AUGGUUAAUGGAUCGAAUAUUCAAAAACUCAUUGGGGAGGUUGUAGAAGUUUAUGUAGACAACAUGGUGGUCAAGUCAAAACAUCAAGUCGACCACCCCACUCACUUACAAAGGUUGCAAGAGUUGAUAGAUAAAUUAAUGCAAGUAUUUGUUAGUUGCGGAAGAAUUCAAGAGAUUACAAUAUUUCAUAAGUCAAAGCACUCAGCGAUUUUCAAAGGAGACUGA